CGUGCCGCCUGUCAACAUGACGUCGUAACACCGCGACGUGCCGCCUGUCAACAUGACGUCCAGACUGGAGAUCAACUUUGUGCGUUUAUUAUCUCGCUGUGAGUGCAUCGCUUCUGAUAAACGCGCCGAGGCGGAGUGGAGGCUGGAGAAGUAUGUUGGUGCUCUGGAAGAGAUGUUGGUGGCCCUGAGGAAAAGCAUAAGCAAACCCACAGCAGAAGUCCUGACGGAAUACACAAGAAAGGUGGACUUUCUCAAAGGCCUUCUAGAAGCAGAGAAGCUGUCAUCCCCGACAGAAAAGGCUCUUGCCAACCAAUUCCUGGCUCCCGGGCGCACGCCGACCAUCGCCCAGGAGAGGAUGCCGGUCACUAAGACGGUCCACAUGCAGACCAAGGCUCGAUGUACCGGACAGAUGAGGGAGCAGCUGCUCGGCACGGAUUUGUCCAGCAAAGAAACAGACCUGCGCAACAGAAGAGGUCUGCCGCUGGACGAGCGUCAGUCUGCCGCCGAGCUGGACGCCAUCUUGGCGCACCAGCACAACCUGCAGGAGAAGAUCGCCGAGGACAUGCUGAACCUGGCCAGGAACCUGAAGAACAACACCCUGGCUGCACAGAGCAUCAUCAAGCAGGACAACCAGACUCUGGGUCAGUCCAUGCGUCAGGCGGACGUCAACUUGGAGAAGCUGAAGACGGAGUCGGAGCGCCUGGAGCAGCACGCCAAGAAGUCUGUCAACUGGCUGCUGUGGCUCAUGCUGGUCCUGGUCUCCUUCACCUUCAUCAGCAUGAUCCUCUUCAUCAGACUCUUCCCCCGCCUCAGAUGAGCAACACUUUCAGGUCAUGUCUCAUCGCCAUCAGGUCAGCCUCCGGUCGUCACAGCAACGCUUUUCCCUUACCAAGUCUGGAACAAUUCCCACACACACACACACACACACACAUCCUGACACUAGUGUAAAGUCAAG